AGAUGUUGUCCCAGUUGAAGCUCUUCCUACUGCCCUGCUUAUUGAUGUCAUCUCCUACAUUAGAAGUCCUGGACUACGAGAUGCUCUCGCAGAAUAUUUCUAGCAUUCUAUCAGACCCCUUAUUCAACAACACGGAUGUUGAAUACGAGUACAAACUAUUCGAAAACUACUUUCCGUUGCUUCUAAUGCUGAUCUCACUUCCCCAGAAUGAAACCGAAAGUUUGGAGAAGUAUAUGAAGCAACGUACAUAUGCGGAGCUGAAGAGGAUGAUAGAUGAAAAGCAGAAGGAGAGCGACAUCACAGAGUUGAUUAGCGAACUGGAGGCAAACAACACCGAUUUGUCCGAGUUUAUCUCUGUCGUCGACAAUCAAAAGUAUGCUAGUCUGAUCGAAGCUUAUCAUAAUGCCUCCAUAUAUAAUGCGAUACGGGGUGUAUGGAGCUCACAACUUAACCCCCUUCUUCCGCCAAUUGACCAGCUAGCAAUAUUAGAAUAUUUUGCCGAACGACGAUUAAAUGAACACUUUCGCAUGUCUUUUUGGGCAAAGUUAUGGGCAGCCAUAAGAGCAUGGAUCACUGGCAAGCAGGAGCUCAUAGAAUGCAAUGCCGAUGAGCCAAGAUGCAUGCGUCGCAUAAUCGAAAAGCUUCCACUCGAGGCCAGAGUGGAACUUGACAGAGCUGCCGAGACCGAAGAUGUAGCCACGGUGGAGAAUAUUAUCACAGAAGAGGUUGAUAAAUCAGCCUCAAUCAGCACGGGUAGAAUACGAGUUAUGGAAAAGUGCUAAUGUCCCUCCUCAGCCAUUGCUGGAUAUCAUUGCAGAUAAAACAGACACCGAAGAAAGAGCCCUUGAGCGACUUCGGACCUAUGAUCUUUUGAAUUCUAUAAAGGACUACUAUCGAGCAAUGAUAGAAAGUAGAAGUCAGGCAGAUCAGGAAGAAAUCCGCCGAUUCUUUCAGCGCAUGAACGACACGUUCGCGCGAUGUUUCAAUCCAAUCAAAGACCGAUACGAGUACCGUUAUUGAAGUGAUUCGCGUGUAUAGAGACUCUUUCAUCAUAUUUUGUUUGCUUCUUCACUCAGGUUGGCGCUGAUAAGCCGAUGUUGUUACGUAAUCCCCGGUUGAUGUGUUGUACAUAAAUGUUGAAUUGCCC